AUGGGGCUAAAGCCGUCGAAGAUAAAUAAGCAUAUCCACAGCAAAGAGGAUGUAGAUCGGCCGAUCGUGUAUUAUUUCAAUAACAUCGAAGAUCCUAUGAUCAAUGAGCGAGUGCGGAGGAAAUACCGUAGAAUUCAAGCAUCUAUUGAUAAUUUGAAGGUGUUUGGAAGAGCGCCUUAUAGAAGUAUGAAGAGAUGGAAUUCCACUGGAGAUUUGGCAUUUAAUAGAGGCAAUAACAGUGAGAGGUACAAGAAAGCCAGCAAGAGUAUGAAUAAUUUGGUCGAGGAUAAAGGACCGUCGUCUGAAGAUCAGUUGAAUGUUUUGGUGCAGAAGCUGAAGGAGAUCAGGAGAAGGAUUAAACACUACGAUGGAAAAGAAAGCACCGCUGAAAUUAAAAUGGAGUUAGAUAAGUGCUUAUCUGAUCUAAAUACUAUUGACUCUAACAAUAAGAUGGUGUUAGAGUUGAGAUCUAAAAUGGGCGAGAAAAUCAAUUAUUACCAAGAAUCCAUCAAGCAGAAAAGCCAAAAGUACACGACUAAUCAAACGAAAGUGGAAGAAAUCGAAGCAAAAAUUGAGGAACUUACAGGCGAUAUUGAGUAUUAUUAUCGGACUGGUGAACAAGAGGAAUAUCAAACUAUUAAAUUCAGUAUAGAUUCGUGCGUUAAGCUGUUGGAUAGUCUCGACGCAACCGACGAUGUAAACAUGAUGAAGCUUAAAGAGAAUUACGAGAAAACGCUCUUCGAUUACGACCAUGAAAUCGAUAACAUAAAUUCCAAGGCUGUAGACAAAACCAUAGGUAACAAUCGCACCAAUUCCGUGGAUACCGAUGAUGAAUUCUACGACUGCUUCGAGGAAAUCCCAAUUACGCCAAAAUCAGUUAAAAGCGAAGUGGAACGUAAAGAUGAUUUCGAGUAUUACUCCAAAAAACUGGAUCAGGUGGAGCAGAAUUUUGAAAAAUUAAUAAGCGAGAAGAAUACUUGUAUAGAUGAAGAAGAACCUCCGGAAAGUCCACGCAGAAAUAAACUUACUGAAGCAAGGAACAAGUCUGCGUUUGUGCCUAAGAAGAACAUUGAAGAGGAACCACCAAAAUUGCGACCAAAGUUUAAGGAACAACAACCAAAAAAAAUAUAUGCAGAAGCUUUGGUUAAUUGUGAUGAAAUCUAUCAAUUAAAACCGGAAGGAAAUGCACAGAAAACUGUUUAUGAAAAUGUAGUUAAAAGUAAAUUCGAAGAUGAUGAAGAAUGUAUUUACGAGACGAUAGACGAGGCGAAAGCUUUACUUGACGAGAUGAAUUUCAAAGAAGAGUGCGAAUAUGCGACUGUCCCUGCUAUCGAUGAUUCACAAAUUUACGCUGUAUCAAUAAAAAACAAGAAUACAAUUUUGAAUGAUGGAGACGAACCACCAAAGCUGCGACCUAAGUUUAAAGAUGAACAAGCGAAGAAAACUGAUGAAGAAGUGAAUGCUGAUGAAAUAUAUCAAAUAAAUGAAAAUGUUGCUACAAGUAAAUUGGGAAACGAUGAAGGAAAUAUAUACGAGACGUUGGAUGUGGCAAAAGCUUUGGUCGAUGAGAAUAAUUUCCAAGACGAGUACGAAUAUGCGACCGUUCCUUUUAUCGAUGAUUCACAAAUGUAUGCGGUAUCAAUUAAAAAUAAGAAAAGUGAACCUUUAAAACCUCAAAUUAGUUUGAAUGUUGAAGAAGAACCGCCGAAACUACGACCUAAAUUUAAAGAUGAACAAGCGAAGAAAACAGAUGAAGAAAUGAAUGCUGAUGAAAUAUAUCAAAUAAAUGAAAAAGUUGCUAGAAGUAAAUUGGGAAACAACGAAGAAAAUAUGUACGAGACGUUGGAUGUGCCAAAAGCUUUGGUUGAUGAGAAGAAUUUCCAAGACGAGUACGAAUAUACGACCGUUCCUUUUAUCGAUGAUUCACAAAUAUAUGCGGUAUCAAUUAAAAACAAGAAAAGUGAACCUUUAAAAGAAGAACCGCCGAAACUACGACCUAGGUUUAAAGAAGAACAACCUAAAAAAACAGAUAGAGAAGCUUUGGUUAAUGACGAUGAAAUAUAUCAAAUUAAUGAAAAUGCGGUUAAAACUAAUUUGGGAAAUGAUGAAGAUUAUAUAUACGAUUAUAUAAAUGAGGAAAAGGCUUUAAUUGAUGAGAAAAAUUACAAGGAUGAAUGUAUAUAUGAGCCAAUUCCUGUGAUUAAUCAUGAAAUACAGAAAACCGUUAUGGAAGUAAAUUCUAAUACUAAAAAAGAAAUGCGACCUAAGCUACAAGUAGAACAAUCAGAUGAGAACUAUCAAUAUGAAGAUUUCGCAGAAGCAAAUGAUGAAAAUAAAGAAAAACAUAUGGGAAAUAUUCAAAACAUAGAAGAACAAAGAUCUCAAGAAGUUGAACCAAAACCUCGGCCCAGGACAGUAAAUGAAGCUAUUUAUGGUAAUAUUAUUAAAGAUAAUACUCAUAAUAACGGGAAGGGAAAUUUUGUUUUGGAAAAAGAGGAUUCACCGGAAUAUAUUGAAGUUCAAGAAAAAGCCCAUGAGAUUAACAAAAAAAUUGUUAAAGAAUAUGCAUUUGCAUACUAUUCAGUUAAGAACGAUGAGAAUGGAGGUAAAUUUACAGAAGUAGAAGAAGGUAUUGCAAAAGCAACAGUGGACAAUUUAGAAUCCGACAGAUAUUCUUCUCAAACAGAGUUUGUGCCUGAAGAUUUUGAAAAGAUAGAACUAGAAGAAAAUAUUGAAAAGAAAUUUCAACAAAAAUAUGGAGAAGCUGAUAGUUCUGAAAAAGUUGUGAUAACUAAAAAUGAUAACGAAUUUUGUGAUGUUUUGUUGCGCAAAAAAACAAAUGUUAAUGAGAAUUACGAGAAUGCUGAAGUUGUUUUAACUACAAAUGAUGAUGCUAAUAUUUAUGAAAAUUAUGAUAAUGAUGGUAAAACAGAUCUGGAUGUGAAUAAAACUGAGAAGAAACGGAUGAAGCUUGCGGAUAUCUCGGAAUCCACUGCUUUUUCACAGACAUUCAGUGAUGAGGAAGCGGAGGAUUUCACCGAGGACGAACCUCUCGAAUCGUCAGAUGCAAUUAGUGACGAGAAUAGACGUGUGUCCCACAUUCCGAAAUUGUUGUCCGUGAUCUACGAAGAGUCGUCCUUCGACGAGGAAUCUAUUAGGACGAAGGAGGAUUCUCCGGAGGAAUGCAUUCCGUCGAGUGAAUCGCCGUCAAUGUCGCGCAGAUUUUCAGUGAAUCCGAUGCCAGAUAGCACACGGAUUGCCUUCGAUUCCGUGCUGGAAUGCGUCCAGAAUAUGAAAGAGUGUGUGGAUGACUUCGAAGGCACGAAAACCGACGGCGAUUAUAUAAAUAUCUUCGAGAACUUGAUGAAGAGCAUGAGCAUCCUCAACAGCUUCAAGGUCGACGAUAACGAGACCAUCGAGUAUAAGCAGCGCAUCUUGCACGAGAUCAUACAAUGCAUGAAGGACCUCGAAUGCAAGGUCAAACCAUCAUUUACUUAUUAA